CCACAACCACAUCUAUCCCAAUGGCUCCAAUGUCUGGUUACCAGAGUCUAAAGGGAAUUCGCAGCAUUGGCUAGAACUAGCGGUUCCACCGACCGCGGCAGGCAAAGUUCUCGAUGAGUUGUUUCUUGACGGAGCGAGACGAUUUGCUUGAUAAUCGGGAUAUAUAGCCAUUAUGUUUACGUAUAAUUUAUCCAUCUCGUGUCGAUCAGUGGAGAGGCAGGCAUUGCUGCCUGGACCGAAAGGCAUAUAUACUCUGGCCAUCCCGCUCUGCUAAAUUUUCUGAAUACGAGCCACCAACAUGUCAUCCCCAACCGCACACCACCACUUCACAGUAACAUCGCAGUGCCUCUGCUACGGUGCCCUCCACAACAUCAAACAUGGAGCCUCGCAACCCCCCAUCCAAGGCUUGCCCAGUCCAUCACCCCAACUAUCAGGAACAGUCUCACAGCAACCCCUCGACUUCAACAUUCCCGCCAAGAACGGUCUAUGGGGUUCCUUUCAACUGAUUGAUCUUCGCACAAGCCGUGUUUCUGCCUGGUUUGCGUGUCAUUCUCAUGUUGAUCCAGUCGCAGAGGCUGAUCGGAUCCUUCGCGUAUCUGGGUCUCCGUAUGAGGAUGUCGAUGGAGAUAAUGAUACGCGAUUCAACAGUGAGAAAACUGCUGCGCAGGGCGUCCUUGUUAUCAAUCGGUAUGACUGGGAUUGGUGUGACGAUCGAGACAUCGAGUCUGAAAUAGAAUAUCCAGAUAUAGAGCUUGAAGAUCUCAGCAGUCUCGGCACGUCUGUUGGAAUAGUGGAUUAUGCAUCUGCCAAUGCACAAUUGGCACAUUGGAGAGAGCAGGGAACGGCAGAAUUAACGCCUUCGACCACAGGAAUAUGGAUGGACAUCCCCCAAUCGGAAUAUGCAUUUGGACGGUUCGGAUUCGACGAGGCGAGGCAAUUAGCGAGGUCGUUUCUCUUCUUCACAGCCGAUACUUACUUUCCGAAAACUACCUUCCGGGGUCUGGAAGAGCCAUUACGGCGUGAGGAAACGGGAGAAGAGAGAUUCUAUCGUCGACUGCGCGAGGGCUAUGAUUAUGAAGGAAUCGACCGAUUGCAUCGGAUCGUGAAAGACCCAUUUGAUCAGGAUGCACGGUCAAAGCUACCAUCGCAGUCUGAGUGUGUUGGUCCGUUUGAUGCUGGUGACUAUUUACUAGACAUUGCCGGUCUGGAUGCACUCUGUGAUGAGAUUGGGGAAAGGGGGUUGGUCGAUCCUUUGAAAGCAGCGACGCAUACAUUGUUGAACGAAAUGGUGAUGAGCUACUUGGUAUCUUCCAUUGCACCUUCUACUUGCUCGGAUACAGUCCCUGCCACGGCAGCUUCGCUAUAUCCCCGAUAUUCUACCGAGAAUACCGUCGACUUUUAUUUAUACCGACGUCUGACAAAACCUCAUGAUGACCCUAUUGAAAUAACCGGUCUCGACACAGCUACACUGGAAGCGCAAAUAAAACGCCUCUUAAUACCUAUAUGCAGCAAUAGCAGUCUGAUAGCUAACAACGACUACAUCACCGGUUUGGGUCAGGUUGUCAUUUGGGUACUGCAGGAGGUCUUGGAACUCACGAAUAACAGAGCAUACGAUUUUGAUCGGCCUGUAAUUGUACCAUUGGACGUGCGAUCUGCGGUUGGUUAUGACGAGGAGCUACAGAGUAUAUUCCGUUCUUGCAGUUUGUUAUGGUAUGGGCGGGAUUAAGGAUACGUGCUAUUACUUGAAGUUCAAUCAGAUAAUGGAGUUGAUCUCUUAGUGACAUAGAAAUGCUUCAAGGUAAUUUGACCUAGAUUAUUCAAAUUCUCACAUGCAGUGAUGGCUAGCUGCAAGAAGCAAACGGACGAUGGUGGCCUGCGGCUGUAAAAGCAGCAAAAGCAAAGUGAUGUUAAACAGCAGUCCUACUCACCGCAUUCAAACGUGACGUCUUUUGAUCUUGAC